GCGGGAAACGGAGGAGUCCCCAGACGUGCGCACGGCGACACACGGACGCCAUUGUGGACGCCAACGGUCACUUUUUUAAUCGCAGGCGGCAUCGUUUGUCGUCUUCGCUGGCGGUUGACGGCAUAUGAAGGCCCAGCGUCCUUGUCCGCGGGCUUGUGAGGAGAAAGUUCAGCACGGCGUCAUGUGCAAGGUCGCCUGUCGACGUCGAAUUCAUGGCAGACAUGCAGAGGAGAUUGCCUCUGCUGCUUCUCGUUGUCGUCGUCUUCCUGUUUGUCGUCUUCCUCCACGUGUGCUUGUCGUGCCGGCCGUGGAAGCAACGUUGCAAGCGCAGGGCGUCAACGAAAGGCGGUGUGCAGGUGGGUCCGCAAGCAACGGAUGUGGCGAGUACACGACACUCCUGCAGCAGGGAUUGGGAGCUGACGACAACGGGGGAGUUGAUCUCCGGUUCGGGUUGUCUUCUGGCGGCGGUAGGGAGGCGAGCCGCACGUUCAUCAUCGACGCCGAUCCUUCACCGCGUGGCGUUCAACAAUCUGGAAGUCGGCAUAUAGAGCAGUCCACACUUCGUAGCGGUGCAUCCGUUUGUGUCGGUGUCAGGCCAUCGUCAGCAGGCCGGCAGCAUGGAUCGAGUGCACCGUCCGUUGAUCAAUUGACAAGCACCUGCCUCGAACGCAACGGAGUCGCAGUAGGGUCCCUGCGCAUCGGCGGUACACUUCAUUCGAUGCCCAGAAGCACAACGCCGACCCAACCCGACCUCAGGGAUGACGGCACGUGCAGAGCAGCGGUGCGUCCAACACCUAGUGUGGAGAACAUCACACGAGGAGUGUCGAACAUGCGGGUACACAACGAUGGUGGCGACGACGAUGGUGGUGGCGGUGACGAUGCAGACGGGCGAUUCGGGGAAGACGUGGAGGCAGGGGACGACGAUGACGACAUUCCUAUUCGGCCUUUGGGGAAGACGGGCGGGAGGGGGAGAGGAUGCAGCAGGGCUGUUGUUCGUGGUCGAUCCGUUGGUCAUGGGGGCAGAGGUGGCGUCAGCGAUGACGGCGGGAAGUCUGUGACGUACUGGUCCCCGGAAGAGCAAAUCCAGCUGGUGAGAUGCAAGCGGGAGCAAGAGAUGCACCUCGCCGGUCUCGGUCACAAUUACGGGCAGAUGCGGACCAAGGAGUGGAAGUGGGAAGAUAUUGCCAAGCGCAUGGCGAACGCAGGGAGGCCGAAAGACGGAAGAGGGCGGCGGCAGGCCCUGAAAGCGAAGAGGGUGCGUACGGAAGAUGCGUUGCCAAGGGUGCGUGGUCAUGGAGCGCAAGGUUGGGCGGAAGAAGCGGAAGGGGACUGUGACGAUGAGUUCACGGCGGAGGAGGAGCAGGCGGAGGCGACAACGUCUGAAGUACGCGAGAGCGAUCGGCAGCGCUCUUCUGAUCGCACCGCUUCGAAGAGGAUGCAGACCCCUCCACACGAGGCGCAGCAACUGCGUGGCCGUGAAACGCGGACAGAGAAGGCUCCCGUCGUCGAUCUUGGCGGCGAUGAUGACGAGCCCUUGGAGAGAUGCCGCAUUCGCAUUCGUACGACGGCGACCCCACUGCCGGAGGUGGUCGUGCGGGUUGCUACAAACGAAAGUCCAAUCUCGGGCAGGCUGCCCGCCACGCCGUCUCAACCACGUCAGCGCAAUGACGCUGGUGACGGAGGGUCCGUCCAACGUGGUGGCGGGGGGGAAGUCGUGGCAGACGAGCGCAGUUGGCGCCCAGGUGGCAGGUGCCGUGGGGGCAGUUGGUUCAGGCAAUGUGGGCGCCGUAGCGACUGGGAGGGAGGAUGCAACAGUUGUGGCGACGGCGAGAGAGGAGGCGCGUGGCGAGAGGAAAGUCGAGCGGGAGGCAGGCGACGCCGGUUCAAGCCGGCCACGAAGGACAAGCGAUCUUCCGUGCGGGCAGCAGUGGAGAACGUUGCUCUGCGCAUCUUGCACGGAUGGGUAUUCAAGUCCGGAAAUCGGCCAAGGGGAUACCAUGUGGCUUUCCAGUACUCGUUGGAAUCCUUUGCGACGGACAUUGCGAGUGUCAUGUGGUACGGCGAGGAGUGGUGCGAGGUUGUCAGUCCGGCGAUUUGCUCGCACACGAUAGAUCUAUCCAUGGACCUACCGCUUUGGUUCGCCGGCGCCAACAUCGAGGACAGACCAGAGGACGACGACAUGGCGGUGCACCAGGAAUCCACCAUCAUCCGCGUCGCGUAUGCAUUUCGCGCGGCCGUGCAAAUGGGGUUGCUCAUCGACGGCGAGUUCAUCUCUCACGAUCGUCUUUCUCGGGUGGCUGAUUGCUUCAGGCUAUUCUUGGCGGCGUGCAUGUGGAUAAUGCGCAUGGCGGGAGACGAUCCGCGCAGCCACUACGAGGCUUUCGACUUCGCGGACCUCGUGGUGAAGCACGCACUUGUCGAGGCCAUGCAUCGCUCCUUCGAUCAUCGACGAUCCGUCGUCCGUGCUGCGAAAGUUGUCACAGAGAGGCUAGGAAAGGCGACCGCUACAUUCAGACAGUACCCCAACUACAUACCUCAAUGGGCGCCCUGCGGCAUUGCUUUCAGGCACGACACGAGCAUAACGGGGCUGGAGGAUGCAAGGAAGCUAGAUUGGUUGGGUUCGGGCCCCCCUGAUGAUGACAACAACAACGACAGGAAAGAUGACGCGUAGGGGGGGAAGGUUGGGGCUGAUGGUUGGCUGGGGAGGAAGACGGAUGGGAUGGGAGCGGAGGUUUGGCUGCUUCUGUGGACUCGCG